AUGCAGCCGCCUCUAACAACUGAAGAUCUCGAUGCUGAGUGCUUUUUUGGAAACUUGCACAAGGGAAAAUAUCAAAGACGAACAAAAAAUAGGUUUAUAUCCCCAUCUUAUAAAAUUUUCUGCCUUCUUAGAAUAUUUGUGAAUAGAAGUCUUCGUCUUGACAGAAUCCGUUUUUUUGGUUUUGAUAUGGACUACACAUUAGCUUGUAAGGCACUGUCUGAGACUUAUAAAUCCCCUCAAUACGAAGAACUUGCCUUCAAAAUACUACGUGACCGAUUGAUCGAAUUCGGCUACCCUCAGGAGCUAAGCCAAUUCGAAUACGAACCUUCUUUUCCUGUUCGUGGUUUGUGGUUUGAUCAACAAUAUGGCACGCUGAUGAAAAUUGACCAGUUCGGUAAUAUACUUAUGUGCCUUGUUGGAUUUAACGUACUCUCAAACGAAGAGAUUGGCGAAUUGUAUCCGAAUCGUUUUAUAAAAUAUGAGAAAGAUCGGAUUCGUGUGAUGUCAACGUUGUUUGAUCUACCAGAAAUUUACCUUUUGGCCUGCAUAAUUCACUACAUGCACAGCAACGAUGUGUACAUCAAGGAACCGCAUGGCGUUAAAUAUCAGUCGCUCUACAUAUCUUAUAAGUCCAUCUUGCAAGAUGUGGAGGAAGCUAUGUCUUGGAUGCAUAUGGGCGAACUGAAAAAGCAGACAAUGGCGAACAUAGAAAAUUACAUUGAGCAAAAUCCCAAGUUGCUUGUGCUGCUCGACAAACUUCGUACGGAGCGGACAUAUGUUUUCCUCUUAACAAACAGCGAUUAUGAGUACUCGGAUGCGGUGAUGAAAUAUCUUUGCAACCUCCCUGACAAAGACGGAAAUGUGCGUCAUUGGACAACUUACUUCGACUACAUCGUUGUCGACGCAAAGAAGCCAGUUUUCUUCCAGGAAGGCACACUGAUGAGAGCCGUCGAUAUGACUACUGGACGAUGUAAAAUGGGACAGAUUGCGGGGCCGCUUGAACGAAGUAAAAUCUACGCUGGAGGUAAGGACCUAGCAUUGGUAAAAGUGCACAUUGAACGAUACUUGAACGAUCCAACAAUUGUGGCAUCCGUUCCGACAAUUUGUCCAUAG